AUAACAUGGUUUUUGCACUGAAGAAAAGCGCUUUUCCCUUAUCUUUUUCUUCUAAUCCACGUCAGUAUUCUCUGGUGUAUUGCCAAGCUAUAGUCGAGACUAUGGUCUUAUAGGCAGCAUCUGACCACCUCUAGCUCACUAGUCACUGCAGGUUCACCAAAAGCUUCCUUUGUGACUAUCUAAAGGCUUCUUCCAUUUUUUCUACGCUAGUUCACAAGAAAGGCAUAUGCACAUCAAUUUAUCACCUAUAAAGGUGGUCACGAGACAGCGUCGUUGGGUCUAUUGUUAUCUCUUUCGUCCCAAAACGUUGCUCUGGAUACUUCACAUGUUUCUCCACCUACACCGCGUAUCAAUCUGAUUCUAAACACAACAUCGUUCAGAACUGUUCAACAUCUUUUUUUCACAACAUACUAUCAUGGAGCACGCCGAUACCUCUUCAUUUCCGAUAUUUACUGAUGGGGAUGUCACACUUGUGGUAUCCUCUGAGCACAUAUACCGACUGCAUGCCUCUGUUUUAAGACGUUGUUCAGGCUUCUUUGCUUCAGUUCUGACAGAGAACCAUGCAGCGAAGUUAUCUACACAGGCAAAACGGGCGGGGAAUACACUCCGGUUCCAUUUGCAGCUUACCUAUUCGCCGGCGAAACCAAAUGGCGUGUUCCAAAUGAAAGAACUUGAUAAGUUUGGACGUGCUCCAAAGGCGCGCAUGAGCUUUCCCUACAUCUCCGGAGGCUUCCCCUCUGAUAUGGCAGCUAAGCACUGGAACAACCUCCUCGGUGCAUUCUACAACAGAACUGUUGAUAUCAGCGACAUCGACAUGGCCAACGUAUUGAGAAGCUGCGUCGGCCUGCUCGAGACCGCGGAGAGCGUCGAGGCGAGCGAAAUCAUCCGCCAAUCCAUUGACAUUGCCUUGCUCCGUCAGGGACAGACCCUCUGGCGUUCUAUUGCCUCUCAGCCGAUCCCCUGGGCCAAUCUGGGAGACAGGAUCCAUUCUCCUACCAUUUUCCGCGACGCAGUUAUUCACGUCGUGGGCAAAUGGAACUCGUUGACUAAAGAGCAACGCGCUGUUCUCUAUCCGAACGUCCGCAAACUCUGUGAGAAGAAGUACAACGCGCUCCAGCUCAAGAUGCAGGCGAUCGAACUGCGGAUUAUGGGUCACUACCCGGCGUUCCUUCAGCGUAGGCCAAGCGAAAACAUUUACCGCGCUACUUACGCCAAUGACGUGUACAUGUGGAUGGCCGUCUGCUUCUAUAGGCAGUGGUACUGCCAACAGGCGAUGGAGGGACGCACUCGCGCUGCAAAGGACGGAGGCGCUGCCUUUUUCCGUGCCAUUGGCGCUGCUGGCCGCUCGUACCUGACCACUCAAGACCAAGCGCGCUUCCAUCUGUACUUCCCCAUGAGCAGCAAGGCGAUGAGCAUCUUACAAAAGAACCUCGACGCUCUGAAGGCGGAUGUAAAACCGCUCGUGGCCGACUUGCUCGUCGACAACAGUCAGCUGGACACCACGGAGUAUGGCCAGCUACCGCAUCUCACUUGCUGCGAUGUCAAGCAAUCGGAGAUGGUCUGGACCAUGCCCGAGUCGUUGGAGAACCCGUCGGGCGAUGAAGAGCUCACGGAUCGUGAUGCAGAAAACGAGCCAGACGACGAUGGCUCGGAACACAUCCUCGUUUCUCCGCAGCCGAAGGUCGAACGGGAUUCAGAGCAUGGUGAAAACGAGCCUCCUACUGGUACUGGAAGUCUUGCGGACGGAAGUUCUUCUGGAGAUGACGACGAUGAGGAGAUGGAUGAGGCCUCCGACGAGGACGACGAUGGAGAAGACGACGACGAAGAGAAAGUCUUCCUUUGACCGCCACACUGCAUGACGACUCCAUUUCGGAGUGACGAAGAAACGGCCUCUUCCAUUUUCACGAACCACU